GUGUUAACUUCAGAACCGACAUCUUUUCCAGCUUUAAUCUACCAUGUCUUUCUAAUAACAUCGUUGCUGUUCUCCAGGGUCCCUAGCAUCUCCCCGCUAAGCCACAACAUUAAAACUGCACAUCUUUUCCAGAACUCCACAAUAAUGACACGUUAUUAAUCCGAGCAGGAGCCAACUGAUAAAGCAACUAGGUCGCGUGAGCAUCGCCAUGCCCAGUCUUGCGAACAACCACCACGAUUCCAUCGUAGUUAAGCUAGUAUUUCUGCAAUCCUUCCGAGUCACACCAGGGACCGUCGUUGCUGGAAUUCAAGUGGCCAAUUUAUAAUGCCGACAAUAACAGAGACUAGUCUUCUCAAAAAGCUUCCUUGUGUAUUGACAUGGUGGCCAGACUCCGAUUAGUCUACGAGAUCUGGGUGGUACUUUUUGCGGGGCAAUCUUAUUCUCCGACAAGUGUAGCGUCUUUUCCCCUCAUAAAUUUGCCGCAACGACUUAUUGGAAGUAAGAUUCGAGAGCCCGAUCCCCACACAGCUUUAACUCGAAGCCGUAGCGCAUCCACUCAUCAUCCUAGCGAUUUGGGAGGCUCAGUUGGCACUGUGAGCCGGGGCAACCCCACAACCGCAGGGGGGGAGAAUCCUUAUAGCCUCGCGCCUAUUCCUUCGGUAGCGAUCCGAAUCCCAAACUACGCGAUCAGGAAGGCACAAGCUGAUUUUAAAGGUUUGAGUGUUGGUGCAAGCAUGGCGAUGACUCGAUCGGCAACCCUUUGCCAAAGCCCUCGGUCGUCCGCAGCUGCUGACACCCUUACUCGGUCGUCCGUAGCUGCUGAUAUACCCUUACUCGGCUGUAUAUAGAAAAGAAUCAUAGACUUUCAGUUAAGCUCUUCGUUAGUAGCACACCAUACCUGGAAGGGUAGUGCGGAGUUCCUGUUGUAGAGA